ACUCUCCUUCCAUUUCCCCCAUCUCUUCAAGUCAUCUCUUUGCUCUUUCUUUCCACUCUUCGUUUUCCUUCUCUCCAAAUUUCAACCAAAUCGACCAUCUCCUCUCUUCCUCUUCCAUUCCAUUUCCACCGACACCGACGAUAUGGAGGAUUCUAAUGCCAAUGCAGUGACCCUGUUGAGAAAUUCCAUCGAGAAAUCAGGCUUCUCUACUCAAGAUUACUCGGAUGCAACGAUGAUGAGGUUUUUGAUUGCGAGAUCGAUGGAAGUUUCGAAAGCAGCGAAGAUGUUUGUGCAAUGGAAGAAAUGGAGAGAUGCAACGGUUCCAAAAGGAUACAUCGCGGAAUCGGAGGUUGAAGAUGAGUUGAAAGCUAAGAAAAUUUUCUUACAAGGAAUGUCCAUUAAACAACUCCCCGUUAUGAUAGUUAUAGCCAAUCGCCAUUUUCAUUCCAAGGAUCAACUCCAGUUUAAGAAGUUUGUAGUUCAUCUCUUGGACAAGGUGAUUGCAAGUGGUUGCAAAGGAAAAGAAAUUGGGAACGAAAAGUGGAUUGCCAUUGUUGAUCUUCAACAAAUCUCAUACAAGAAUGUCGAUCCACGUGGACUCAUCACAGCCUUUCAAUUUUUACAGAAUUACUACCCAGAACGUUUGGGGAAGUGCUUCAUUCUAAACAUGCCAUGGUUUUUCGUUAGCAUUUGGAGAAUGGUUUCUCGUUUUGUUGACACUGCAACCCUCAAAAACUAUUUUAUGCACAAAAAGUGAUAUAUAUAUAUAUAUAUAUGCAUAAAACAAUAAUUUACAGAUUUUAAUUGUGAGCAAUGAAGAAGAAAAAAGGAAUAUGAUAGAGGAAGUUGGGGAAGAUGUAUUGCCAAUUGAGUACGGUGGAAAGGCAAAGUUUUUUGCUCUUCAAGAUGUGGUGGUUCCUCACUUACAUGUUUGAAUAUUAUUGUGGAAUUUAGUUCAAUUCCCUUUGGAAGAUUAGUUGUAAUUUGUUAAAUUAUUAAACCUUCAAAUAUCAUUUUCCUUACAAUUUUAAUAAUUUUAAAUUUUGUACUUUUAAAA